UCCAUCUAAAAAGUUACUGUAUCUGACCAAUUACUGUGAAAUAAGACUGAAUAUUAUUAAUAUAAAGCUGAAAAGAUUGAGUCACAGCAUUUAACGACCAGGUUUUCAUCAGGAAAUUUUUAUUUUAAUUGUUUGUUUUUGAAAGUGAGGAACCCACAGAGGAACACAGAAGUCCAGCAUCUUCAGCUCGUCUGCACAAACGUUUCGGCUUCAGACCUGCAAACCAGCAAAGUGACCCCAGAUAUCUGAUUUAUCGACGCAAACGUGCUUCAAACGCACUAGACGCGCGCGCGCACACCCUGCAUUGGUGGUACGGUCCGGAGACCUUACUACGUUGCUAGGAGACGAAGAAUGCUGGAGAACUAGAACUUAAGCUCUUCUAGAACUCAAGAGUUCUGCGUUUUGGUUCUAGCUCCGUUCGGUGUCUGGUUCCGGUUCGGUUCUACUCGUGGUUGUGUUCGGGACCUGGAGGUCCUGUCCACUCAGAACACCGUUCUGGACUUUUCACACGUGAGGAAAGUCAACGUAAAAAGCACGGAGCUAACGGAGCCUUCUAGAACCGCCCUCGCGGCCGAACCGUGGAGGAGAACCCGGUUAUUACCGGGCUAGGACACGGUACGACCCCCACCGCCAGGUAAGUGGUGAUGACGCAGCAGGGGAGUGGCUGUUUCCUCGAGCUGCACGCGCACAGGCAGAGCCGCGUAUCACACCUGGCUUGGCUCAGGCUACGGAAAUAACACGUUUGGGUAGCUACCAGGCCGGCCAGAACCAAUCCCAGCCUGUGCGUGUGGGGGAGGAAGCACAGGUGAGAUGGGGAACAGCUUCACACAGCGCAGAGGCUCCAGGGAGGAGGAGCAGCGUGGAAAAGACCAGAUUCCAGAAAUCAGUGUGAUCCAAGCCUCGCCGCUUCCUGUUCAAGGAUCCAUGUUCAUCAUGCCUGGUCCCGAACAACCCGGACCAGAACACACUGGACUCAGGUCCACAGAGAGACAUGCUGGGAUAGAGGGACAGAGGCCCAAAGUAUCAGAGCAUGCUCAGGUGAGCCCUGCUUCCAUGGAGGAGGAGUGCGAGGAUGGGGGUGACGAGUCCCUCUUUGUGUCGGACACAAGGAGUCUGUCUGGGAGCGAAGACACCCCAAGGUGCAGCCGGAGGCACUUCUUAGAGGUGAUGAUGAGCACCUCCCCUGAGGUGAGACAUAACGUAGACCUGCGUGGUUCGCUCUACCUGUCCAGGAGCAGCAGUGACUCCCAGGUUUUCAGUAACAUGGAGGACGACAGGACAUCCGUGGCCCUGGACCCGCUGGAACACGAGUGGAUGUUGCGUUCCCCUGAUGGGGAGUGGAACAGCCUGCACCGCCUACUCAUCGCAGAACCCAGUCUCGCUGUGAGGAAGGACUUUGUUACUGGUUUUACCUGCCUUCACUGGGCCGCUAAGCUGGGCCGCCCAGAGCUGAUCGCCCUGAUCAUGAACUUCUCCAGGCAGCACGAUGUUCCCGUCAGCGUGGAUGUUCGAUCCAACAGUGGAUACACGCCACUCCACAUCGCCGCUAUGCACAGACACCUGGAGGUCCUGAAGCUCCUGGUUGGUGCCUACAACGCAGAUGUGGAGGUCCGAGACUACAGCGGGAGGAAGGCCUUCCAGUACCUCACUGGUGGUGUGAGUGUGGACAUACAGGACAUUAUUGGGGCUUACGAGCAGUCCAAGUCCGAGUCUCCUGAUCGCAGGGUUGGAGGUCGCUGGAGGUUCUCUAAGGUUCUCCACACUAACCUGGACUUCCCCCGGCUGCUGGGCACCACUGACUCUCUGGAUGGGGAGGACCAGCACGGGGAGAAACUUGUCAGGAGGAGGUCCUCCCUCAGCAGGAUGAAACCCAAACUGGAGAAGCUCCGCCGGAGGACGUCCCAGAUUGUCCACAGCACUUCACAUCAUGACCAGGAGAAACUGGAGGGUUCCAAGAAAGGCUUCUUCAAGUCCAGACCCAACACACACUUCUUUGGCUGAGUUUCAGUGACACAGAACUGCACCGUGAAAGAUUUUCAAGAUGGUUUUGAUUAGUGACUCUACAUUUUAAUGGGAUGUUUACAGAAUCGUUUCAUCACCAGAUGUCCUCAAACUGAUGAGAUCAUCACAUUUAUGGAAAUCAGAACCAUGAGCCAGUGGAGGGCUUUCUGAGCAGCUCCAACCAGGCCUGUUAUCAGCUGACACUGAAGCCUUUAGAACGGUAAUCUGGAUUACAGCUGACCUGCUGUCCUGUCAGCUGGAGGUGCCUGUUGGUCUGAUCUGCUUCACCAGUCUGGACCAGCUGCUGUGUGGAUCCGAGUGGAGCCUUUGGAACACACAGAACCGGUUCAUGGUGUCAACAACAUGCUGCCUCAUGCUCCAGCUCAGCCCCACCCUCAGAACACUUCACAAAGGACAUGGCUGCAUUUAAGCUCACGAGGCUGGCGGUUGUGUUAAUCAGCUCCACGUGUUUCAUCAGGUUUCUUACUGAACAAAAACUGAAAUGAUCCAAUCAUAGUUUAUGUAUUUAGCAGACAUUUUUGUCCAAAGCGACUUACAAGUGAUAACGAAGACAGCAGGUUGCCUUUGAGGCCAACAACAAACACGAAUCAGCCGAUCCUAGGAGGCAGUGAAGCAGCAAAAUCCAUCAUAGAGGGAAGUGAACCAGGAGUGGACAGUAGAGUGGGGGACGGGGGAUCUUAUUCCGAAUUACAUCUUAUUAACACAGCAGGACAGAUUUCCAGUUCAUUUUAGGUUCACUGAAUAAACCUGACCCUGUGCGUCUGAUAGACGUGUCGGUGUUGUUUUCUAAUCGGGUUUGAGUUGUCUACCAAUCCACCGUGUGUCUACACGCACAUUAAUAUUUUCAUUAUGCAAGCCAUUCAGGAAGUAUUCUAUUUAUAUCGGGCUAAUUCUGAAUAUAUGAAAUAAAACUGAUAUCAAUAAAGUUGCAACAUUUUGA